GCUCUGUGAUAGAUAACACUCCCAUACACUUUAAAUCUGGGUGAAGCAGAACUCAGAGAAAGAUGAUUUUAGGACAGUGUAUUUUACUGAUACUGAUUUCAUAUUCUUAUGGACAGUCUCUGACAUCCUCAGCUUCUGUGGUGAAGAGACCUGGAGAGUCGGUCACUCUUUCCUGUACUGUCUCUGGAUUCUCAAUGAGCAGCUACUACAUGCACUGGAUCCGUCAGAAACCAGGACAAGGACUGGAGUGGAUCGGACGUAUUGACACUGGCACUGGCACUGCAUUCGCUCAGUCACUGCAGGGCCAGUUCUCCAUCACUAAAGACACCAGUAAAAACAUGCUGUACCUAGAAGUGAAGAGUCUGAAAGCUGAAGACACGGCAGUUUAUUACUGUGCACGAACUGGACCAGUCUCAGCUGUGGUAAAGAGACCUGGAGAAACUGUGAAGAUCUCUCGUAAGAUACAUGGCUUUGAUAUGACUGAGUACUACAUGCACUGGAUACGACAGAAACCAGGGAAAGCUCUGGAAUGGCUUGGCCGGAUGGAUGCUGGCAAAAAUCAGACGAUAUAUGCAGAAUCUGUGAAGAACCAGCUCACCUUAACAGAAGACGUCUCAGCAAGCAUGCAAUAUUUAGAGGCCAAGAGUCUGAGGACAGAGGACACUGCAGUUUAUUACUGCGCCCGAGAAACCACAGUGACUGGAUCUGAGGAAGCAGCUGUAAUAAAACCAGACACACAUUGUAACUAA